UUAUAACUAUCCUAUUUAUAUCUGUCCUUCACUAACGAUUUCAGAAGAAUAAUAUGCAUCACAGCUCUGAGCCAAUGUCCAUGGAAGGCAAUGGGAAAGUUCCACUAGCUUUAGUCAAUAAGCAUUGGAUCAGGCCCCAAGAAAUACUGAACAUACCAAGUUUCUGCUCAUGCAUGAACCACCAUGUUAUCCUUAACAGUGCUCUACAUAUCUGGAUGCUUUAGAAAAGAAAUCAUCCGUGCUUUGUGUAAAGAUAUGCUAUUUCAUCAGGUAUUGGAUAACAGAGUUCUGGAUCAUGUUCAAAAUGGAUUCUAGUCUAACUAAAACCAUGGAGGAAUUUCAGAAAUUGGUGAGAGUUAAUGGUGAGGAGUUACACUGUCAUCUAAUUGACACAACUCAAAUAAAUUCCCGGGAUUGGUCCCGAAAACUUACACAGCGGAUAAAACCCAACACCAGUAAGAAAAGGAAAGUCUCGCUUCUCUUUGAUCAUCUAGAACCAGAAGAGCUAUCAGACCACCUCACCUAUCUUGAAUUUAAGUCCUUCCGAAGAAUAUCAUUCUCAGAUUACCAGAAUUACAUUGUAAACAGCUGCGUAAAGGAGAAUCCAACAAUGGAAAGGUCCAUUGCUCUUUGUAAUGGUAUCUCCCAGUGGGUGCAGCUCAUGGUACUCAGUAGGCCAACACCACAGCUUCGGGCUGAAGUGUUCAUCAAGUUUAUUCAUGUUGCACAGAAGCUCCACCAGUUGCAGAAUUUCAAUACUUUAAUGGCUGUUAUAGGAGGCCUCUGUCACAGCUCCAUCUCCAGACUCAAAGAAACAAGUUCUUAUGUUCCUCAUGAGGUCAAUAAGGUGUUUAAUGAAAUGACAGAACUGCUCUCAUCUUAUAGGAAUUAUGACAGUUAUCGACGUGCUUACAAUGAGUGCACUAACUUUAAGAUCCCAAUCCUUGGGGUCCACCUGAAAGACCUAAUCUCCCUUUAUGAGGCCAUGCCAAACUACUUAGAGGACCAAAAAAUUAAUGUGCAUAAACUGCAAUCUCUGUAUAACCACAUAAAUGAAUUAAUACAACUCCAGGAGAUGAUCCCUCCCCUAGAAGCUAAUAAGGAUCUUGUUCAUCUGCUCACGCUGUCACUUGAUCUUUACUACACUGAAGAUGAAAUAUAUGAGCUGUCAUAUGCACGAGAGCCAAGAAGCCACCGAGCUGCACCAUUGACACCUUCCAAACCACCUGUAGUUGCAGACUGGGCCUCAGGCGUAGCUCCAAAACCUGAUCCAAAGACAAUCAGCAAACACGUUCAGAGAAUGGUAGAUUCGGUCUUCAAAAAUUAUGACCAUGAUCAGGAUGGAUACAUUUCUCAGGAAGAGUUUGAAAAGAUUGCAGCCAGCUUUCCAUUCUCAUUUUGUGUCAUGGACAAGGACAGGGAAGGUCUGAUUAGCAGAGAUGAAAUAACAGCUUACUUUAUGAGGGCUAGUUCAAUCUAUUCUAAAUUAGGUCUUGGCUUCGCUCACAACUUCCAGGAGACCACUUACCUAAAGCCCACGUUCUGCGAUAACUGUGCUGGAUUUCUGUGGGGAGUUAUUAAACAAGGCUAUAGAUGCAAAGAUUGUGGAAUGAACUGUCACAAGCAAUGCAAAGACCUGGUUGUAUUUGAGUGCAAGAAAAGAUCCAAAAGCAUGACUACAGAUAACAGCCCAACCUCAGCCCUCGCUUCUAGCCUCUGCCCUGUGGGAGUCAAAGAACACUUCCACGGGCAGGAGGAAGGACCAUUUACAUUUCCUAAUGGAGAAGUGGUUGAACACAAUGAAGAGAGCAAGGACCGAACAAUUAUGCUUAUGGGUGUCUCAACCCAAAAAAUCUCAGUGAGAGUGAAGCCAGCUGUUGUUGACAUGAGCACACAGACAGAGCUCUCACUGGCAAAUAGUGAUGUGCCCAGUGGGCUGAGGGAGAAGGAACAUGGGAUGCCAUCAGAAAAUAUUUAUCUACAGCCUGCCCCACCGUCUCCAUGGCCAAGCCCAGUUCUAUACCGCAAGAAGGCAUAUGUAAAAUGGGAAAACAAAGACUCGAGUCAGAAACAAAAGAAUGAGCAUCGCAUGCAUAAACCCUCGUACCAGGAACUGGAGCAGGAAAGAAAUAUUCUAAAGGCAGACAAUGAAGCUUUAAAGAUUCAGCUUAAACAGGCACACAGAACAAUUGAAUCUCUCAGUAUUCAACGCAGAAAUCAUGUAUUGGACAAUAUACAACACAGAGACUGCACGUAGCUGACAAGAGCUCUCUUUUGGAUGAAUGUAAAAGGGGGCUUUUUGAAUUGUGACAAGGCUGCUGUAUUCAAGCGAACAGGAAAGACUUGAAUGAUUUUAAACAGAGAAAUAUUCUGUUCCAUCAGCAUAUUUUGCCUGUUCAAUAUACUGCUGAAUGUAUAAAUGUGUUUCUUUCUCCUAUAGUUUACAAUAAUUUAUCUUCUGGACAUGGGAAUUCAUGCAUUCUGGAAUCUCUCUCAAGAACGGUGAUAGGCCCAGAAGUUAUUUAUUUAUCUAUCAUCAGUAAGCAAUUUUGUAUCCAAUGUGGAUGAUGCAUGUGACUCUACAAGUAGCCACUGUUUCUAUCAAGUCCCCAGUUAACAUCUACAUGGGUUCCAACCAGGUAUGUAAUUUAAAUGGAAACUUUCCAUUCAAAUUUGGCCAAGAUUCAGGUUUUCUAACAACAAACAUUUCAUAAAUGUAAGACAUUUGAAUAACUUUUGAUAAGAUCAUACACGUUUCAUAGACCUAAUCAUUGCUGCAUUAAGAACUGGAAAGUAAAACUGAAUUAAUUGAUUUUCAUCCUCCAACAUUAGUUUCACUGCUUUUUGAUGUUUAGUAUUUCUAAUGACAAUUUUAAGUCUCUCCUUUUAAAUGAUCUAGGAUGUAGUAUGUAAUUUUUUUUUUUAAACAACUUAGGGGUAAAAUGUGUCCCUUUAAAAUCUUUGCCUUCUGAGCUGGUCUUAGAGGUUGUAGCUAUCCAAACUUUAACCCUGCAAAACUAAAAACUAUAGUGCCUCAUACAGAGCAGGGGCCUAGAGAUUUCACACUGGAGUGUUGCUUCCACUUUACUGUUUCAUGCCACCCCUCAGGUCACAGUCUUAAUACUGACCCUGCUAGCUUAGCGGAUCAUAGAUGAAGACAGAUUUUGUCAGAGGGAAAGAUUUUGGCUAUUUUCUUUAACUUUUUUCUAACUUUCAGUCUUUGAUUCAUAAGAGUGCAAUAUAGUCUUACAUUUAUAUUCAUAUUUUAUGAUUAAAUCAUGAAAAUUAAGGAAGGAGAAUUUUCACUCUAAUGGGGUACAUGACCAGCUCCAUUUCCUGGGUAUUUGUUGCCUACCCAAAUCAGGCUAAGAUACCCUCAGUUGUGCAACACCCAUGUCUUUAUUCACCUUAGCUUGAUACCAACACCCAUGCCAAACUACAGUCUUUACAGGGUUUUCUCCUCUUACAGGCAGGAAGUCUUCAGUUUGGAGGCCCUCAGCUCCCUGACUGGCCUCUCCUUCCCAGCCCACAUAUACCUUGGCUCAUCAGGCUGGCAUGUGUUGCCAAUCUAUAGGCCAGCAUCAGGCCUUUUCUUCAGCCCCAAUCUGUGCCUCUUGAUUGGGGCUGACAGGCAAAAGCUUAUUAGGUGCUCCUGCUAUAUGCUCUAUGAUAGCAUUUAACUGUUCUGGCAUCCAACUAUGGACCCUCUUGAAGUGGGGAAGUACAUCUUCUCUCCAUUGACAGCCUUCCUCUACAGGUUACAUUAUUGUUAUUUAUUAUUUCUGGCACAUCUAAGGGUUCCCAUCAGGGACCAAGGCUCUACUGCUCUAAGUGCUGUACACGUGCCAUUGAAGGCACACCUUGCCCAAGAGCUCACAAUCUAGGUUUCAUCUGCAUAAAAAGCAAAACAGAUGUUUGAGGUGAUUAUUACAUGGUUGACAGCACUUCCGAAAAAAUUAACCAUGGAGCAAGUCUGGGGAAGUUCAAUGUACAUUAUAGGGAAUUUCAGCUUAUGUUGUUGUAUGUAGCUUAGUUCACUAGAGGUUCAGCUAAGCAACCAGAAUCCAUGGCAAACCCAUCCCUCCCCAGAGAAUCUCUCCUUCCUGCUCCUUACCUGCAGUUGUCUUCUUGGGAGGAGGGCCAAAGGCCUGCAUUUCUCCUCAUGGUUCAACAAGCAGCAGCAGGAUAUUUUUCUUUCCAUUGUGCAGACACACCAGGUGCUUAAAGAACUUCUCUCAUUCUCUCCCCAUGGGCAGAUAAGGAUGGAGCAGAUGCAUCUACUACACACUACCAGAGAGCUUCUAAGCCUUCAUCUUUUUGUCUCUUGUGGAAGCUGGGGAGAUUGGGGGGUUUUCUGAAUCCCUCAGGCUGUGUCAACACAGCAGGAUGGUUUCAGAAUAACUGAUGUUCUGAAAUAACAGAGUCUGCAUCUACACACAAGCAGUUAUUUCAACAAACUCCUAUAACCCUCAUUGUACGAGGAGUAAGGGAAGUCCAGGGAAGAGUGCGCUCUCAACAUAACUGCUGUGCAGACAGCGCCAAAAUUCAAAAUAAACUAUUUCCACUUUAGCUACGCAAUUAGUGUAGCUCGAGUUGCGUAGCAUAUUUUGAGUUUAGCCCUGCUGUGUAGACAUGCCCUCAGUGUCCUGCUUUCCUGUCUCCAUUCUGUAUUGAAUCCAUGUACUCUUUCCUGUCUCAGGUCCUUGAGCAAUUACUACCCUCCUCCAGUCAUGCCCUGCCAAAAAUUGUUUCUGCCCCCUUUCCCUCUCCCUCCCUUACAUUUGUGUUAAUUUGGUGCAAUAAACAGCCACUUUCUAGGCAGCCUCAGCAGCAAGAGAUUCUGUGCUGCAAAGUUUCCUGCUCAGCUUUUAGGAUGCUGCUAUGGUGUGCAGGAGGACAGCUUUCUCUCUCUCUGGUCUUAGGUUACUGGCUGGAACAUCACCUUGCCCAGGAUAUUUGUGAAGUCCUUCAAUUGCUUUGUCUAAACAUUGCCAAUUCAUUGCCACUGUGGGUCAGAUUUGACCCAGUCUGUUCAUUUAUGCAUGUGGAACCCAUAUUGGAGCGCCACCAAGCUCUCACUGAAAUCAACAGCAUAACCUUAAUUGGCUUGCUUAACUGGAGGGAAAAAAAGCACAAGCCCUAAUCAGAUCAGGUCAUGUUACUGCAUUUCUGAUUUUCGCACAGGUGUGAAAAUGCUUCCCAUUGUUUCUGAAAGUCGAUUCUUGUCUGUAGUUCGAGCAUUCUUUCAUGUUUGUGACACUGUAACAGUGCAAGAAACACACUUCAUGGGAGAGAAUGCCACAGCCUGUGCCCUUUUUUAGACCAAAAAGCCUGAGGUUUCAGACACUCUUCUUUUUCACUACCUCUCUUUGAGGUUGAAGAUUGCUGUGCCUCCCUAGGGUGAGCUGACUAGAGUUCCCAAACAGUCUAGCUUUCAAAAUCCUGAUGCUCAUUUACAGCAAAGUCCCUUUACACUGCUUUACCCACUUAAAAGGAGCCUUAAUGUAAACAGUUUCAGUGGGUAUAUGUUUAAUUAAGAAUAGAGAGAAAGAUUAAAAGGGACUGCAUACUGUAUUUCAUCUCAGAAUUUAGCUAGACAGGUUGUUCUUAUGACAUACUCUUAGAAAUAUGAGGUUUACUUGCUGUAGGCUUGUCUUUACGGGAAAUUUAAUUCAGAUUAAGGUAAAGUGUCUGCUUAAAGAAGAAUAGCUAUUUUUAAUUAACUGCCUUAACCCAUUUCAGAUUAAGCUAAUUUGGAAUAAAGCACACAUUUUUAAAUGUAAACCUAACCUUAAUCUGAAUUACCUGUGUAGACAAGAUCAUAGAACAAAAAUAUCAUUUUUAAGGUUUUUUUUUUGGUAUGGUUUUUAAAUCUUGACCCUUUUUACCUUCCAGCAUCCUCAGCCCCCAGACCAAGUAUUCCUUUAGCUCCCACAGUCUCUUAAUCUGUAGCCAAUUUGACCUUGAGGUGUGACAAAACCAUUACAUUCACUAGGGCAGAGGUGACAUCAAUCAUAUCAGUAUUAUUAUUAUUGCAGGAGCACCUAGGAGCCAGUCAUAGAACAUAACUCUGUUGUGCUAGAUGCUGUACAAAAUUUGUAUUGUUUGUAUUGAGGGGGGGGGGGGGGGGGAAAGACAGCAAUAACAUCCAUACAAUAGCUACUGUCUUUUAUAACUUCUAGCGUCCUCUCCUUUAAUCUCAGUAUUUUCCUCAAAAUUUAGCCGUUCAAAUGCCGCUUUGAUCAACUGAAAGUCAAGAGGACUAGUUCCUGUAUUUGCAAGUUAUUUUUUCCUGACUGAAGGAGUUAGAAUGAGUUUAACUCUGUCUGCUUUUAAAUCAAGAAAGUGUAAAUGCUGUUAACAGGCAACUGAGCAGUCUUUCAUGUUAUUGACAGAUUAACAUCCAUCUGGCCAGGAUUAAAACUCUGUGUUUCAAGACUGAAAGAUUAAUUAGACUUUCAGUUAUGGAAUCUCUAGUGUUGGUUAAACCAAGCAGAGAUACAAGCUAAGGUGAUCUGUAGGUUCAGUGCUAUCUUAUUGACUGUAAAUACAUGUACAGUAAGUAAAAAAGGUAAAAUAUUCAUGUGACUUUUUAGAAUCAGUCGCUGUGAGCUCUGUGCAGCUUCUGUUUCUCAUACACUAAAAUUGAACGAUCUAGAAAAACUGCUGAUUACCUUGAAUACAGAUGUGCAAUUUAUCAAAAACUGAUCUUAGACCUUGCUUUGUCUUAUUUCUUUAUAAAAUGAAUUUAGGCAAGGGAAAUGCUCUACAAGUUUAAGAUGACUUUCAUUUAAGAUUAGUGGAUACUAAAAUAAAAAAAGUCCUUAUACCCCUAGAUAUUGAAAGAAUCAACUAUGUUGUUGCAUCCAUUGUCACAUAUUUGGAGAUUAUCCAACAAAUUAAAUAAAACCUGCUGAAUCUGGUUGUUUGUUAAAAUAAACCAGUCAUCUAAUUUUAGGACUAAAUUCUGGAUUCCGAUAAACUGUUUUGCUAGAAUGUGAAGAAAAAUAUGUUGUUUUAAAAUUAAACUGUUCUCUGAAGUUAUAUGAAUCUAACCACAAAGUCAUUGUGCUAGAGCAAGAGAACCACAAAGUAAAAGACAAAACAAAAGUGAAACUGACCAUCUUAACCAGUUCUUGCAAAUUAAAUGUUAUAGCAACUUUUACAGCAAAAAUAUAAUUCAUUCUUAAACUUUAUGCCUUUAAGUUGUCCCAAGCGCAAAGCAGGUAGAAUUUUUUAAAAAAAUUAAUCCACAUAAUCUCUUUAAAUUAUAAUUUGGCAGAUAUCCAAAUGGAUUUUCAUACACAAGUGGGCUUUAUCCAGGCUCAGUAUGAUAAACGAACCUAAGCGAAGGUGAUUACAGAUUAAAAACUAAUUAAAUCUCUCCUGUUUAAGGACUAGCUAGACUCCUCCCCCCUUUUCUGCAUCAGCAAAAAUAUUCAGCAGAAUUUCAUAUUCAAAUCCAAUCAGCCAGCUGCCAUUUUGGCUUUUCUCUCCAUUUGCCUUGUCAGCAGUUUCAAACUACAGUAGCUAUCUCAGCAAACAUACAAAAAAAAAAAAAGAUGGAGGUGAAAGUCAGGAGUACAGAAUUAGAUAUCGGCCCUACCUUCCCCUGAGCAUGCUGUGAUUGUACAAAGAUUAUCUGAAUAUGAGAUCCAUUUACAAGAGACUACAUAGGAUAGGUGUUUGUUUCACACAUUCAUAGUACUCAACCAAAAGAGGCAGCUGAAAUCUGGAAAUGUCAGGGUAUUAAUGGGUACAGGUUGAACCUCUUUAGUUAGGCACUCUCUAGUCUGGCAACAUCCAUGGUCCCAUAAAGUUUGUUUACAGCCACAGUCCUGCUCUCAGUGUUCUUGCUGUUCUUUGGCUCUAAUUUACCCCUAAAUGUAGUAAGCAGUGGAAGUGCUGGUAAUGUUGCUAGACAAUAUUGACCUCCUGUGAUUAGGCAAAUUCUUUGGUUCAAUACAGGUUAGGUCCGAAGAGUGCUGGACUAGAGAGGUUGAACUCGUAGUUUCAGGUACAUCUGCCUAUUAAGUCCCUGUGAAUGUUUGCAAUUUUAUAUUAAAUCUUUGUAUUUUUAUAUUCUUUCUUGCUCUGUGAAAGAACCUGACUAUACUGGGAGGAAAAAUGAAAUUAUCUCCACAAAAGUGAAAAGCAGAAAGAUUCUGAAAAAAAAACCCCAACUUUACAGAAAUAUUUUUCAUUUCUAAUCCUCAUAAGGCCUUGUUUGGAGUAGGGACAAUGGUGAGUUUUUAGAAAUAUGUUAGCUGACUCAUUACAACUAAAUGUUGUUUCAAAACAUUAGAAACUAGAAAAGUUUUAAUUCCUUUAAAAUUAUGUUAAUUGUCAGCUUACCCAGUUUAAAAAAGAACACUCACUUUUUCUCUCUAAUCUACCUACGGCCUUAAGAUAAAAAAAAAGAAAUCACAUCAGAAAAUAAUAUACACAGACACACACACAUUUUUUAAGUGGAUAGUGUCCCUUCAAAGGAAAUAUUGCUUUUCCUUUGGUUUCUAUUCUAAUUUUUUGGAGUAUUGAUUGUUCUUGGUACUGGUAUUGACUAAAUUAAUACUUAUUUACUUGUUUGCAUAAUGGAGGAGUCAAAUGUAAUUAUGGAAAAUAACUUACAUGUAUAUAUUGGAAGUAGCAAAACUGCUGUCUUAGGAAUUAUGUAUGUUGCAAUAGUAGCAAUCUGCAUUAAUGUUUCAGUAAAUUUGACUGACAUUUAUAUUGGUGGUAAUUAGUAAAAUGCUGUCUAAUUAUAUAUGUAUGUAUGUUAAAGUGACUGACUGAAAAAAGUGUACAGAUUGUAAAUAUUUUGUAUAUAAAGUUGUGUAAUAUUUAUAUUAUAAAAGUCACUAGAACAACAAAA